AUGCGCUACCACCGUGAUCUGUUUGUGGACCCGUUGUUCUGGACUUUCCGUCAUUUGAAUCUGGUAGGAUGUCACUUCACCCCGCUUGAAUCAAGGGAGAUCCCUCAAGACAUUGAGGAUGCGCGUGAAGCUCAAAACAACGACGAGCCGCGAGACCGUGUACCACCGCCGCCUCCAUCGGCCCCUGAGCGACUUGCGAAGAGUUGCGCCCCCCUUGUGAAGCUGUCCGCCCUAUACCACAUUCUGGAGUAUGAGGGAAGCGCUUUUGAAGAGCGAUGCAGCAGAGGGCCUAAAUUCUACUUUGCGGGCAAAGCGAUUCAUCGACCAAAAUACGUCGUGUUCGGUCGUCGCAAACAAGCCAACGAACCUCUUGACGAUACUUUGAUCGGCUACUUUGACUACACCUUCGCCACGUACGGCCGCAAAGAUAAAUUCCAGGCGAAAAGUCAUCCUGGCAAUGGUAACAACGCGCCGGUCGGGCGUCUCCAUACAAAACAGCUGGCACGAAUAACCCCAGCUAAUUGGGAGGAGGACCCAUACUUCGUUUGUCUUUUGCUGGCCAUUGCUCAACUGCAGCAGCGUUCCCUCCCAACUCAAAAGCAAACAACGCAUACGUCGCGUCUUCUCGUGGCGAAGUGGCCAGACUGUGAGUUCAUCUAUCUCUACGAGGCUCAAUUCACCUCCGAGCUUCUGAAAGCGAUUGAAAAUCCAAAAGCUGCUACGACCUAUACGACCUGGCCAACAAUCACACGUAAAAUAAUCCCUUACAAGCCCUAUGACACUUUUCGGUCACGCCUUGUGGCCGAGUUAUUACUCACGAAAAAUCAAAACUGCUACGCUACCUCGGGUAACAAAGAUUGUGCUGAUUUUGUUGUGAGAUGCACAACGAAACGACCGCACCAACAAGAUGACGAGACACGCACAGUAAAACGCAAGGUAGACAUGGCCUAUGGGAAGUGA